AUGUCCGCCCUUCGCGCCUGCCAGCAGGCCCUCCCCAGGCGUGUGCUUGGGAGAUCUGUCGUCUCCCUCCGUGGCCUCGCCACCGACUCCUCGAUCCCGACCAAGGCUGCUGAAGAGCCCAAGUCCGAAAUUGCCUCUACGCCAGAGAGAGAGGUCCUCACUGCCGACGUGAUUAGCGGCGCGCCCGCUCAAUUGCGUCACCGCGCCGUUAGAAUAUUCCAGCCGACGCGAAGUACUACACAGAGUGGUUCGGGCAAGUCGCAUCGCUGGAGGAUAGACUGGGAUAUUUUGCCAGGAGGUGGGCGAUGGGAGAAUCCUCUUAUGGGAUGGGCCAGCUCAGCGGACUACAUGCAGGGGACACGCUUGUCGUUCCGAUCCAAGGAAGACGCUGUCCAUUUUGCUGAGAAGCAAGGCUGGGAUUAUUAUGUGCAACAGCCGGAGAUUAAGAGAAUUCCUCCCAAGAACUACUCCGAGAACUUCCUAUACAAACCGAAUAAAUUGCGUAUUGUGCGCACGAAGUAG